UGGGUUGAUUGUGUGAAUGCGAGAAAUACUAGUUAGUGUGAUAGAGUGAUUUUGCCGCGAAAAGAGAAAAAAAAAAAGAAGAUGGUGUUUUUAACCCCGAAGCGAAGCCAACAGCCAUAUUUGUAGUCCAGAAAGGUAGAUGUUCCCGAAGCAGAUUUGUAGUAUCUGAGUCAUGGAUCCUUGCCCCUUCAUUCGCCUCAUUGUGGAAUCCCUCGCUCUCAAACUCCCUUCCUCUCCGGCCAAACCCCCACCCCUCUCCGGCGUCCACCCUUCCACCACCCCCUGCUUCUGCAAAAUCCGCAUCAACACUUUCCCUUCUCACACCGCCAUCCUCCCUCUCUCCUCCUCUGCCUCCUCCCCCGACACCACCACCUCCGCCCCCGCCUUCCACCUCGACCCCGCCGCACUCCGCCGCCUCUCCUCCAAGCCCCUCACCCUCACUCUCUCCGUCUACAACGGCCCAAUGGGCCGCUCCUGCGGCGUCCGCGGUGCCAAGCUAUUGGGCCGCCUCCACCUCACCAUAAACCUCCCCGCUGCCCUCUCUCGCUCCAGCGCCAACACCUUCCACAACGGCUGGCUCAACCUCGGUGGGGGUGGGCCCCACAAUAACAAUAAACCCUCCGCCCAGCUUCAUCUCGUUGUCCGGUCCGAACCGGACCCUCGCUUCGUCUUUCAGUUCGGAGGUGAACCGGAAUGCAGCCCCGUGGUUUUCCAAAUUCAGGGAAAUAUAAGACAGCCCGUUUUCAGUUGCAAGUUCAGCGCCGAUCGCAACUACAGAUCCCGGUCUCUUCCAUCAGAUUUUACAAAGAAUCGAAGUGGGUGGAGAAGAUCCUCCACAGGUGAGAAAGAGCAUCAAGGAAGGGACAGAAAGGGUUGGAUGAUAAUGAUUCAUGAUCUCUCUGGCUCACCAGUUGCUGCAGCCUCCAUGGUGACACCGUUUGUCCCAUCCCCUGGCUCGGAUCGCGUGUCCCGAUCGAACCCGGGUGCCUGGCUCAUUCUCCGCCCCAACGGCGCCUCAGAGAGUAGCUGGAAGCCAUGGGGUCGUCUCGAGGCGUGGCGAGAAAGAGGUCCCGUUGAUGGCUUGGGCUACAAGGUUGAGCUUUUCUCUGACAAUGGACCAGCCAAUAGAAUACCCAUUGCCGAAGGCACAAUGAGUGUCAAAAAGGGUGGCCAGUUCUGCAUUGAUUACAAGGUCAUAAAGGAUGCUGGAUUGGGUUCAAGGUUGCCAGGGGAAGAAGGCUUUGUGAUGGGUUCAACUGUGGAUGGUGAAGGCAAAGUUAGCAAGCCUGUUGUGCAAGUUGGGGCGCAGCAUGUCACGUGCAUGGCUGAUGCUGCUCUCUUCAUUGCGCUCUCUGCUGCUAUUGAUCUUAGCAUGGAUGCUUGCAGACUUUUCUCACAUAAACUUAGAAAAGAGCUUUGCCAUCAUGAACAGGAUUCCUUUUCAUAGCUUGCAUCAAAUGAAAAAUUGGGUAAUGUUCUUUUUCUUGCUAGUUGAGAUUCAUUUAUAUAAGAGAUUAGUAACUCUCAACAUAUGUUACACGACUUAAGGAUUCUGAUCCUCUGACUACAUUUUAAAGGGACAUGGUUAUCUUCCAACCCGUCACAUGGUAGCAUAUGUUCCUAGCUGCUCUAGAGUGUAGAAGUGAGUUGUUUUGGUUUGAGCAGUCCAAAAUUUCAUCCCUCCUUCUGAUUUUGUCUCACACAUAUAUCUUGAACAUUCUUUUUGCCUUCAUCUGUGAGUGCUUGAAGUUGAAGCUUUAGCCGAUUGAUUUGGGUUGUUAAUGUUCUUAGGCCUACCUCUACAGUUUGUUUCCUUGUAGCUAAUCACAGUGUUGCAUAAAGAUAUCGCAGGCAGUUGCUAUAGUCCCUUCAAGUUGGGUUUUUUCAACAGGUUGCGUUAGGGGUGUGUGUGUGAUUUAACAGCUGAACAACAUUGUCCGGUUAUUGGGUGUAUAGAUCUCAACGGAAGAUUUGAAAUGUACAAAAAGAUUAAAUGCACAUGUCUGUUUGUAAAUAUUCGUUUAAAUAUCUGAUUAUAGUUCCAUGUAUUCUCUUAUUAGAUAUUCAAUGAUUAUGAUUUAUUUAUUUAUUUUGUA